AUCGUCUUUGUCCUGCUGUGUCACUACUAACACAUAUCGUUUUGGGCUUUCAGCUCUACCGCUCAAAAUGGCAGAGUAACGGCUCGCAGCGGCAAAACUCGCAGCGGCAAAACCUGCAGUGCAACGGCGAAUUGCACUGGUUCUCUUUGUCAAAAUGGCGUCCCUCGAGGCUACCACCCUCAGCUUUGCUGCCGUCGACAGCACAACCCUACUCGACUCGUUUAUAGAACCCCUGUCCACUUCAAGUCUGUCUCUGACCUUGACCAUCCACCAUGUCUCUGAGCUCACAGCUGUGCAUGGAGGACGCGGGGUCCCUGUUCUUGGGGCCCUCGACUCUGAUGGCUGACCCCUUUGGGCCCCUUCUGGACGAAGAUGAAGAGAGAUCUCUGUCCGAGGGGUCGUCUUCGCCCCUCUCCUUCUCUUCAUACUCUGAAUCUUACACCUCCUCCCCGUUCUCCUCCCCCUUGGCCCCUUCUCCUCUAGGGUGUAAAGUCGGGUGUGACGUGUCGCCGCUCCCUUGGCUGUCUGCUGGUGAGCAGGUUGAUGCUCAUGCUGGGGCAGAUCAGAAAGAAGGGGAUGCGUUUUCUGGCAUGGAAUGGAUGGCGGAGAAGAUCGACCUUAGCGACUUUGACCUGGAUUCGCUCAUCGGAUCCUGUGAUUUAGACGAGCCCCCUAGCUCCCCCGAGGAGCUCUUGGCCACCCUCAAUUCCCAAAUGGAAUUGGACCUGAAUCCGCUUCCAUUCCCUUCAACAUCAACCUCCAACCCGGAAGAGCUUGUCCUGCCUGCUCUCCCCCUUGACCUUCCACUCCCUGAGCUGCCGGAAGACCCAGAGAUCCGUCCGGAUCCUGUCACCAUUGAGGUCAAAUCUGAGCCACCAUCCCCGCCUCCUGCCCCGGCACCCCACUCUCCUGCCUUUACCCUGGAACUGGGCAGCGAGGUGGACAUCUCUGAGCUGGAGAAGGCCGUUUCCAAGGCGGGAAGUGACCACCAGACCCCCAGCCUUGUGCUCUCGCUCUCCCCUGCCCACAUCUUGCUGGUCCUUGCUCCGAAGGAUGAGGUGAGCAUUGUGGCCAGCACCUGCACGGAUCAGUCUGACAGCGGUGUCGAUUCCAUGUCUGGCUCUCCACCACACUGCCCAAGUCCCACCCCAUCUCCAAAGCCCAUGGGUGUGUCCAGAACCAAGCCAUACUCAAAGCCUGACCCAGGUACGGGGCCAGCUGUCGGUGGCAGGGUGAAGACCACCUCUGGGGCUCCAAAGAUGGCAGAUAAGAAGCUAAAGAAGAUGGAGCAGAACAAGACAGCGGCAACCCGGUACCGUCAGAAGAAACGGGUGGAGCAGGAGUCACUGAACCUGGAGUGUGUGGAGCUGGAGAAGAGGAACGAGGAGCUGAAGGAAAAGGCUGAUUCGAUAAGCCGAGAGAUCCAGUACCUGAAGGAUCUCAUGGAGGAGGUCCGGUCUGCCAAGAACCGCAAAAACAAGACCAAGGCCAACUCCCGCUGAAGCAGACGUGCUUUAAGUCAAGAUCCGCUUGAUUUUAUAAAGUAGAAAUAAAGGUACAGAGAGGUUAACAAUAGAAGCAAUAGAAGUGCUGGUCUCUUUCUCACCCCCAGUUCUCUCCUCCUCACAAUGUAUAGUGUAAUAGUAACAAGGAAGAUAUUAUAUGAACUGACUUGUCACAAACACUGCAACCCCUGAACAAUGGAAAAUUUACACAUACACCCCACUCUUACUCUCAUUCAGUUUCAUUCAUUUUUCACAUCUCAACAUUAUUGUCCAGUAAGGGGCCUCAUGCGUUUGAUGCGUUACACUGAAUUCUGCCCUUGUGCGUGUACAUAGCUUCAGCCACCCUUCUGCUUUAUUUAAAAUACGAUAUUUGGUUGGCGUCUAUGCUGUACUUCACUAUUGUCUUGUACAAUUUCUGUGUUUUCUAAUAAAGCUUUGUCUAAACUAAA